UGCCGGGAAGAUGGCUGACACCGGGGCAGCGGCCGAGGUUUGAGAGCGGGGGAGGAAAGGAACCGAUACAAAUAUCGGGGUUACGAGGGCAUGCUUUUAACUUUUGGGGGGACGCAGAUGUUGCGUUAUGUGCUUGUGUUACAAUUUAUGCUGGCCAUUAAGACUGAAUAAAACAAACGCAUAGACCCUGCCCGGCCCCACUGCCUUCUCUGAACCAGCUGGCUAGGUGGCUAUCUAGCUUAGCUGCAUUCUGCAAGAAGCAAGCUAACGUUAGCCAGCUUGCUAAGGUAUUUUAAAAAGUACGGUUUCAUACUUUUAAAUGGGUGUAUUUAGCUCGAUAUGCAGGGGGUAUAAGAGUAUUCGUAGUCCCUUGCUGUAAUAUUGAAGACAGGUCGACUGUAGAAUUGCUAUUAUUUGCAUAUAUUUUGAUCUGAGGGGAGUGUGACUGUCAGAAAAGUGGCCCCUAGCUAGCUUGCCUAGCCGGCUAACAGUUUCCCCUUUCCCCGGCCCGAACGUUACCCUUAUCAAGACCUGACGUUAGCUCUGUGAGCUGCCUGGGAUGGGGUUGUCGUUCUUAAAUACACACUGAACGUCGCGAUCGCCCGGGGUUGCGAUAGUCGGGAGAUGGACUGAAGGAAAACCCGAGUGUCAUUGACAGCGUUAAAGCGACUUCCACCGCCCGGACACGAGACUGCGCUCCCGCAAAACAUGUUUAGCGCGCUGUGCGUCAGUGUCAGCCGGCUCUAUGUACCAUGCUGUGGCUGCCCUCUCCGCUCCGGCCCCUAACCCGCGGCACAGCCAGCUUUCUCCUCGCGCUCCUCCACCUGCGGAGCCCGCCGCUCCCUGAAGCCCGCGCCAGCAUGUACGCCACCCGCUUCUACGGCGGCGGCGGAGGGGGCAAGCCGGGCCGGCGGGCAGGGGUGCUGGGAGCCGGGCUGCCGGUGCUGGAGAACCACCACCACCCCCUGCCCCCGCCGCCCCACCAGAACUACCCGCCCGUCUACCAGGGCCGGCUGGACAGCCACCGGUCCCACUUCCAGAGCCACCACCACUUCCACCCGCACCCGCAGCCCCACCCGCACGCCCACCCCCACCCCCAGCCCCACUACCACCCGCACGCCCACCUCCACCACAGCAGGAAGAAGACCUGGAACUUCAUCCACGAGAAGAUGAGCUACGACACCUUCUUCACCAUGAAGAGGCUGAUCGAGCGCUCGCGCAGCGUGGACGAGGUGCUCCGCUGGGUCACGCAGAACCCGGGGAAGAUCUCCUACAACCACUACCCCAUCGCCCUGCAGAAGAUCGGCCAGCUGCUGCAGCUGCAGCAGGCGGCCGGCGGGGGGGGGGCCGCGCCUGCGGGGGGCGGGGGCGGCGGCGGCGGGGGCUCCGAGGGCGCCCUGGCCUCUCCCACGGGGGGAGCCGGCCCGGGAGAGAGCCACUACCGGCAGAUCUCGGAGCAGCAGGACUUCCAGACCCUCUGCGACGCCAUCGUCAGCGACUGCGCCAAGUUCGACAACUUCAGCAUCGUCAACUGCCUGUACGCCGUGGCGGCACUCGGCCUGCCCAGCGACUCCCAGAUCGUGCAGGUGCUGGAGGAGGAGUCGCGGGGCCGCCUGUCCCAGUUCAACCAGAAGGACAUCUCCAUGGUGUUCAGCAGCAGCAUGAAGCUGCACCCCUCCAGCCAGCACCCGCUCAUCGAGUCGUGCCUGUCGGGCCUGGAGAAGAACAUCGAGCGCGAGCGCCACCCGCAGACGCUCUUCCUGCUGCUCUCCUACUACCGCCUCAAGUGGCGCGCCCUGCAGGCCGAGGGCCACUCGCCCGAGCAGCUGCUGGCCAACCGCAAGAUCCUGCGGCUGGUCAAGCACACGCUGGCCAGCGUCAGCAGCGUGCGCGACCACGAGAUGGCGCUGCUGGACGAGAUGCUGUCGGCCUGCGCCCGAGAGGCCAGCAACAAGUCCCUGGAGCUCAUCUUCAGCUCCCACCUCUUCUACCAGAACCGGCAGGAGAAGUUCAUCAGCAGCCUUGCCGAGGAGCUGCCUAAGAAGGUGGACAGCAUCACCCCCUACACCAUGGCUCUGAUUGCCAAGUACAUCGCCCGGCACCGCCUGCGCGAGACACGCCUCCUGGACACUAUCGCCGACUUCCUCGUCAAAAAGGGCGAGUACCUGGACAGCAAGGUGAUCCAGAAGCUGGUGUUCCCCUUCAGCCGGAUGAACUACCGGCCGUCCAACGAGGCGCAGUUCUUCUCCAAGCUGGAGGCGGUGCUGGAGCUGAAGGCCCUGAGCUCGCCGCUGGCCACGGUCAACAUCCUCAUGUCCCUCUUCCAGUUGGGCCACUUCCCGGGCCUGGUGCUGCACCGCGUCUUCUCCGCCUCCUUCAUCAGCAACGUCACCAACAGCCCGUACGCCCUUAUCGUGCGGCGCUACCUGUCCCUGCUGGACGCGGCCGUGGAGCUGGAGUACCGUGACUACAGCGGCCCCCGCCUGCAGGACACGCACAAGGUGCUCAUGUUCGACCACGCGCUGACCGCCGACGAGGUCAACCGCAAGUACAGUUACAAAGGUCUGGUGGCAGAAGCUCUGAGACAGCUGGUGGGAGAGCAUGGCUAUAAGCAGGAUGAAGUGCUAGCACCGGGAUACUAUACAGAUUUUUUGCUGUGGAUCGACAGCUCGGGCAGCGUGCUCCCGAUUAAGACGGGGGGCGGGGCCGCCCUGGGCGUGGGCUCGCCGCCCUGCGUCUCCAGCAUGGCCCCCAAGGCCCCCGACGGCCAGGCCUCCAUGGCCGCCCUCACCUCCGACUUCCAGAAGUUCUCCCCCUUCGUCCAGCUGGAGGAAGGGGCCGACGCCAUGCCCGGGGAGGAGCUGGGGGCUUCCGAGUCCACCUUCCUGCCCCACCACAUCCGGCCCCAGGCCCCCGCCACGCCCGCCGCCCAGCGAGGAGGCCCCAAUGGGAGCGGCCCGCUCGACUACAGCCCCUACUACCCCGCCUCCGACUACUACACCAGCCUGGCCAAAGAGCAGUCCCUGGAGAGCCAGGACAGCUCCACCCUCAGCAGCCCCUCCGACUGCCUGGCCCAGGGCGGGGCCCAGAGCGCGGGGGGAGGGGCUGGCCCGGACUCCCUCUUCCAGUUCUCCAUCGGGAAGAUCCUGGAGGACGAGGGCGGCGCGCCGGAGCCGGCCCAGGGGCCCGACUGCGAGCUGCCGGCCUUCUACGAGGGAGUGGCCUACUCCGAGGCCGGGGAGGGGGGCGUGGGACCCGCCUCUCCGUUGCAGCUCCAUCCUGCGGGACACCCCGAGUCAGAGAGGGGCCCCGCGGAGCACCACCAGGUCAAGAGAGUGAUCAUGUCGGUCAACGACAAGUGGCACUACUGCCACAACUCGGACGUGCUGGUGGGCUCCCGGGCCAUGAGGGACCGGCACCUCCAGCUGCUGGGCUACAUCAUCCUGCAGCUGCCCUACCUGGAGCUGGAGAAGCUGAACGGGAUCGACGAGGUGAAGCAGUACCUUCACAAGAAGCUGCUGGAAGUGCCCUUAUGACAGCGGCGGAGAGGGGCACGCGCCGAGGGCCGGCAGCCCUCACCUCACCUCUCACACCUCCAGUAAUAACCACAAUGCCACUGCAGCUGGGGAGCGGGUGGGGGCGGGGA